GCUAAUUCUCAAUGAGUGCAAAUCAAUAGCCGAAUUAAUAGGAGCUCUCUGAUGAAGAAUUUAUGAAGCUUCACGCUAAGCAAUUCUACAGAACUCACGGAUAGCUGAUAGGAAGUUAGCAACAAUACAUCCCAGUUCCAAAGGAUAGUAAUCAUAACGGAAAGUUUACAGAUCAUUUACUAAUGGCGACGAUGUACAGGAAUAAUAGUCUCAAUACUACUUGUGAUAAGGAGCGCUGGAUUAAUGGUUCAAAGGAUUGGAUGGAACAUUUAUAAUGA